AUGGGAUAUGAUAUCACACGCUUCCAGGGAGAAGUUGAUGAAGAGUUAAUUUGUCCUAUAUGUGCCUGUGUUUUGGAAGAGCCUUUGCAAGCUCCGCUAUGUGAACAUGCAUUUUGUAAAGCAUGUAUCAAUGAAUGGCUUUCAAGGCAGUUUUCUUGCCCAGUAGAUAGACAGUCCAUUACUCCAAAUGAGCUCAAACCAGUUCCUCGCAUAUUACGAAAUCUACUAUCUCGACUUCUAAUUGCAUGUACUAAUGCGAGUUUGGGGUGCACAGCCAUAGUGAAAUUAGAACGCUUAGAAAUUCAUGAAAAGGGAUGUGAACAUAAUCCCAAUAGACUUGUACCAUGUGAUCAAGGCUGUGGAUUAGUCAUUCCUAAAGAAGAAUUCAAGGAUCAUAAUUGUAUCAGAGAAAUACGACUAAUGCUUCAAAAUCAGCAGCAUGCAGUUUGUGACAUACAAUGCGCAAUAAACGAAAUAAGAAGAGACAUCGGUUUGCUAAAGUCCUGUAUUCAGGAGUACACUCGUGUUGUAAGGAUAAUUCCUAAUAGUCCACCCAUUUUGUUGCCAUUGGAGGAAGGUGAAAUAAUAAGAUGGACCCAUUCCUUGCAGAGAGCGAAAGUAACACAAUGGGGAGGCAUGAUAUCCAACCCAGAGUCCGUACUUCAAGCAAUGGUCAGAAGAGCUCUAAACGAAAGUGGUUGUCCUUCCCAUGUAGCUGCAGAACUAAUGGAAAAUGCCCAUGAAAGGCGAUGGCCAACAGGACUGAAAACAUUAGAAACUCGUCAGACAAAUCGAAGGCAUUAUAAAAAUUACGUUUGUAAAAGAAUUCCUGGAAAACAAGCCAUCGUUAUAAUGGCAAUCGAUAAUCCUCAUAUGAAUGACGAUAUGGUGUUAGAACCAGGGUUAGUAAUGAUCUUUGCGCAUGGCGUAGAAUGA